AAGAAAAUACUGUUACAGGGAGUAGUAUUAAAGAAGAAGAUAGUAUUGAUGGUGAUAAUACUAAUAGUAAUAGCAUUUAUGAAGAUAAUAUUAAUAGAGAAAAAGAUUAUAUUAAAGAAAACAAAAAUAAUAUUAAAGAAGUUAAAGAUAAUAUUAAAGAUGAUAAAGGUAAUAUUGAAGAUAAUGAAGAUAAUAUUGAUGAUUAUGAAGAUAAUGUUGAUGAUGAUGAAGAUACGUCCCUUGCGAAUCAGAAUAUGAAGAUUCACUUUAAAAUAAGCCUGGCGGAAAAUGAGGAAAUUAAACAAUUUUAUUACACUCGAACAUUUGUUACAAAAUCGAUAUGA